CAUAAUCUAAUGGGAAAUGUAUUGUUUCAUCCAUCCAGGACAUAUAAACAAGAUCUUGACGGUGCUGAUGACAGUGGUGCUUGUGACUUUUGACGGAAUUCCUUACAUUUCUCAUGAUCUCACAAAAUACAAGAUUUCCUAUGGGAACCGCAUCCAACGCGACGUCCAGUGGCGCCACACCCCCGCCAGCUCGCCGUGCCCGCCGCACGUAACCGUCAUCGCCUUCGUCACCUCGAGCCCCGACCACCGCGAACGCCGAGACAGGAUCAGGAAUACGUGGGCCAACCCGGUCUACUAUCCGCACAAAGAUCUCAAAUUCCUGUUUGUGAUAGGAGCCACAGCAAACGCUUCUGUGCAGGCUGCCGUGGACGAGGAGGUGGCGCAGUUUGAUGAUAUUAUUCAAAACAACUUCAAUGAUUCAUAUCGGAACCUAACGUACAAGACCAUCGCGUGGCUGUCGUGGGUCGUGAACCAUUGCCCCGACGUUCCCUUCGCUCUCAAGGUGGACGACGACGUGGUUGUAAACCCCUUCGGUCUACAAGUUUUAUAUGGAAAGAUCAAUCGGAAGACCAUCUCGCAAAGAAAUGAGGGAAAACCGGCUGUCGGGAAAAUAUACGGAAGAAUCAUUCUGUCACAACCCCAGAGGCACGGGCGUUGGGCGCUAUCAAAGGAGGAGUACGCUGCAAAUUAUUUCCCGCCGUAUGCCACGGGGGCAGCUUACAUCGUUGAUAACGUAGCGCUCAAGAAGCUCUGGGAUCACGUUCCUCUUGCUCCCUUUCUGUGGAUAGAAGACGUGUUCCUCACCGGGAUGGUGGCACGAGAAGCUGAGCUUAAGCAUGAGUGGCUAAACUACCUUUACCUGGAGAAACAAUUAUCCGAAUAUUGGUAUAGAGAAUAUGGAAUUUUCUUGUUUGAAGCCUCGCCACAGGAUGCACAGAAGGCGUGGGAUCACAUCAUUAAAUAAACAGAUGUAACAAGCCCCAGGAAAAAAAAUAUCCACAAAAAUACGUUCGUGAGCUAAAAAUUCUACGCUGGUAGGUAAAAUAAUGCUUAUGAAAGGUCACACACACACGAACAGAGAAACAAAGAAACAAACACAUGCAACCAUACAAACAAAAACAAAUGAAACACACGUGUUGUGACCUUUUAUUUAUGAACGUUUUUGUGACCGACCUUCAUGUAUGUUUGUCCUUUUUGUGACACCAAAUGGUUAGUAACUUUGCCCUAUUUUUACUUGAACCUCUUAGGCAUUCUUGGCUCUUCUUGUGACCUUGAACUUUUCUAAAUGAUUAUCUUUUGUGGUAUAAAAUGUGUUUCAUGAUUUGAACCUCUGUGAUAAUCUUAUAUGAAACAAUUUCUGUAUAAAACGUCCUUUGUAA